CAGGAGUGAUUAUUCCAUGCGCAAAUUCUCCAGUCCGAACACCUAUUUUCCCCGUACGGAAACUCCGGGACGCCGGAGAACCACAACAUUGGAGAUUCGUGCAGGACCUGCAGGCGGUAAAUGCAGCAGUACAUGCAAGAGCACCCAAUGUUCCCAACCCACACACAAUACUCUCACAGGUGCCACCUGGGAGUAAGUGGUUUUCAGUUGUUGACCUGGCUAAUGCUUUUUUCAGCAUCCCAGUGGAUCCUGACAGCCAGUAUUGGUUUGCGUUCUCUUUUGAAGGUAAGAGUUUCACAUUCACCAGACUUGUCCAAGGGUAUUCGGAGAGUCCUGGAAUCUUUAACGAUGCGUUAAAAAACAAUUUGGAAAUGUUGAAAUUGACAGAAGGAAGUGCGCUGCUACAGUAUGUAGAUGACCUUAUGAUCUGCGCAAAAACAAGAGAGGCUUGUUUUGGCUAGCUUUGCUCAAUCACCUUGCAGAAAAUGGCCACAAGGCUAGCUUGUCCAAGCUGCAAUUUGUGUCUGAAAAGGUUAUAUUCUUGGGUCAUGUGAUCUCAGCUGAGGGGAAGUCCCUAUCACCCAAAAGAACCCAGGCAAUUCAGCUCAUCCCAAAGCCAGAAACAAAGAAACAAGUUAUGGCCGUCUUAGGGAUGAUGUCGUACUGUAGACAAUGGGUUGCAAAUUAUGCACAGACUGAAGGCCCCCUUGCAGAUAUUGUACAUGGGAGAGGUCUGACAGCGAAAGACAAAGUCCACUGGACACCAGAAGCAGAGAAGGCUUUUGUGGACUUAAAGCUGGCCCUCCAGACACCCCCAACGCUUGGUCUCCCUGACAGUAACAGACCUUUCACACAGACUGUUGACAAGAGGGGUGGGUUCAUGACUUCUAUACUACUACAAGAACAUGGGGGGAGACUGAGACCAGUCGGCUAUUUUUCCAGCAAGCUUGACCCGGUAGCAGCUGGGCUGCCAAAUUGUCUGAAGGCUGUGGCGGCUGCAGAGAAAGCUGUUAUAGCCUCACGAGACAUUGUGGGUUAUGCUGAUCUGACAUUGUUGGUUCCACAUGCUGUCUCAAUGAUAUUGCUUGAACAGAAAACAUCACAUCUCUCAACAGCCAGGUGGUUAAGAUACAACACCAUAUUGCUUGAAAUGCCUAAUAUCACUGUUAAGAGAUGUACAGUGCUUAACCCAGCAACUCUCCUCCCUACAGCGGCAGACGGUGAACCUCACGAUUGUGUGGCAGUGAUAACAGAGACUUGCUCCCCCAGACCAGAUCUGCAGGAAACACCAUUGAUCAAUCCAGAGCUGGAGCUGUUUGUUGACGGUUCAGCAUCACGAGAUCCAGCAACUGGGGAAUGCCAGAGCGGAUAAGGCAGCAAAAGCUGCUGCCAAACAAACACCGACCACUCAGUGUGUUGCAGUAACUAAUGAACCUCUGACACCUACAGCUGAUCUGCAGGAACUGCAGACAAGAGCAACGGCAGAGGAAAACGCAGUGUGGUGAAAGGCAGGCUGCACGGUCACAGACAAAGUGUGGUGAAGGAAGCCAUUCCAAAGGCUGCAGAGAGGAAACUGCAUGACUUGGAGCCUGGUGAUUGGAUCGUGGUGAAGGAUUUCAGACGGAAGAACUGGCGGGCUCGCAGGUGGAAUGGUCCCUACCAGAUCUUGCUCACCACUGAAACAGCUGUAAAGGUGGCAGAGAGAGCUACGUGGAUCCACGCCACCCACUGCAAACGAGUACCGGAGCCGGGGCCAGCAGCCAAACACCAGACAAGUGAGAUCGAGAUCAGUGAGUGAACCAAACCUUCCUCCCCUUGUGCAUUCAGGGGGUAUUGGAGGGGAGUGGCGGUCCCGUGGGGGAGUUUCUCUGAGCACAGAGAUUCCACUGGGACCACCUAGAACCACUACCCUCCCGAACCAACAUCACGGGCACACUGAUUAGGGGGUAGGCAGAGGUGACACAACUGAUAAGAUGACACUUGAGACCAGAGAAAGAUGGCGAUGGAGGGGUGACGGACUGAGAAGCCACGGAGACGGGGUGCUGCUCGCUGUCAUCAUUGUCCUGUCAUCAGUCUCACUAAUGGAAACAUUCAAAUCACAACUAACCCCAGAAGAAGGAGGGGUCAAAAGGGAGGUGCCAUCCAUCUUCCCCAACAUCCCAGCUCAGCUGGAAGACAACGCAUGGUAUGCAACUAUACUGACUAUUGCCAGAAAAGUGACUAACCAGAGCUGCUACGCCUGUGUGCAGCUCCCCCAUGGGGUGGGGGACUCCAUCCCAGUGAAACCCACGCCAUUAAAUGUCUCUGAGACCCUAGGAGUCAUGGUGGCAUUCACCCGGGGGGUUACUCUGCAGAACAGAACAGUGAGAGACAUGGGAGCUGCACUCAAGCUAUGUAACAUCAGCAUCACCAACUAUGAUGGCUCCACAGCCAGGUUUUGGAACAUGAGCCAAAUAACCCAGCAAGGAAUUCAUCGGCCCAUCAUGACUACCAAUCCAACGUCCCAGGCCGAUACGGUUGGAUUCACCAGACAGUGCUACACGUCUAGAGACCACUUCCUGGGGACUUCAGCAUGCAAACAGAUUGUCACUACAACAUGCGGCACCGGGUGGAACAAGGGAGGCCGAAGCGAAUGCAGGGGACCUCAGCCAUACAUCGCUCAGCUGAAUCUGACUGACACCACCAGCUUACACCGCCCAGGAAGCGACAAUCCCAUCGUCCUGAUGCCUACGGAUGAUGGAUUUGGAUCCCUAAGAGAGCACGUGUGGUAUGUGUUAUUCACAGUCCCUCCCCUGGUGAGGGACUGUGAAUAAUGCACACAAGAUAGACCACCUGGCCAUAGAUCUUGAGAACUUGACGGCACUGGUAGAGGUAGGGUUUUCCACUCUCACUCCUACCAUGCGGGGGAUCAAAAACGUGGCCCUGCAAAACAGAAUGGCUUUGGACUUGAUGCUGGCUAGUCAAAGAGGAGUUUGUCAUAUUAUUGGGACUGAUUGCUGCACCUAUGUUCCAGACAUCACAGACAAUAUGACUCAUGUUGUUUCCCAUCUGAACGACCUACUGCAUGAGGAGAAAAGCCUAGACUCCCAGAGUGUGGGAUAUGUGGUCAUGGCUGACUAUGGGAGGAUGGAAGAAUGUGUUGAUGAAAAUGUUGGCUCCCGUGCUCCUAGUUAUUGUGCUCUUCCUCCUUUUGACCUGCUGUGUAAUUCCCUGCUUCAGAUCUAUGAUUGCUACAGCAAUUACAUCAUCUAUGGGUCAGUAUAUGAAUAUGCCAAUAGAAACGUCCAGCUCUGUUGAAUGGAUUCCACCGUUUGACAAUGAGAUGAUUUGAGGAGAAUAAAAUUGCAUGUAACCACACUGGAUUUUGAAGUAUGAUGUGAGUUUAGAAUAAAAUGCUCAUGUAUGCUCAUAUAUUACUGCUAGAGCUAUUUACCUAAUGGUUAAAGUUAUAAUAACAAUAAUAGUUCUGUUGUUUUGCUGAUUCACGCAUGCUUAUUGGUUAUAACCUAGGUUUUUGGUUUAGUCUCAUUAAAUUUUUUUAGUUCAUUCCUAUUUGUGUCCAGUUAUAAUGAUAAUGAUUGCUAAUGACAGGCUAUUGAAUUGAAGUGUGCUAGAUAAGCUAAUGAUAAGUAUAUGUGGGGUUUUUCUUGACGCUUGAGGUUUCCCCCACUUGUCUGGUUGUUUGAUUUUUCCUUUCCUACUUAACAUCUGUUCUUAUUUAUUUUGAUUAGCAUUUAUUUUUAAGAUGAUUUUAUGCUAAAAAGGGAGGAAUUGUAAUGGCAAGAACAAACAGACUCUCUGAUAUAAUAACAUACAGAUAUUAUUAUAAUUGUUUGGAGUCAAUACUUCAUUUGUAUAUGAUUGUUUGGACUGCGAGAUGAGAACAGUACACUGAUAAUGAUGACAUGGAACUACAAAUUAUCCUAUUGACUGUUAUGUCCAGACUUCAGGGACACUCUUCUCCCUGGGUUGAAGAGUCUGACCCUGAAGACUGGAUAAAUAACUGAUGCUCUUUUUCCUCUGGACUCAUUCAGAGCAGAUUAUACUGAUGAUGUUUUUGCUGCUGUGAGUCCGUCUGCAGACGCUUGAAGUAAACCU